UAACACUCACUUGAGUUUGCCUAGCCGAUACAUAUUAUGCACAUAUACCUAAUCGAAGAAGUCAAAGAACGAUUCGGAACAAAGAAAUAUUUAAUAUUUAAUAGUUUGGUUCGAUUAGCGAGGCUGAGCUCCAACUCCACUGAAAAUUCGUAAAUAAAACCAGGGUAUCAGUUCAAAACCUUCCACUCCUCUCUCUGCAGAGUCUGAAGCAAUUGGAAAAAUGUUUUUCCACAUAGUAUUGGAGCGAAACAUGCAACUCCACCCUCGCCACUUUGGCCGCGACCUCCGAGAAAAGCUCGUCGCCAAACUCAUGAAGGAUGUGGAGGGCACUUGCAGCGGUCGACACGGAUUUGUGGUCGCGAUUACGGGUAUAGAGAACGUCGGCAAAGGGCGUAUUCGAGACGGCACUGGGUUCGUGACCUUCCCUGUAAAGUACCAGUGCGUUGCAUUUCGACCCUUUAAAGGGGAGAUCUUAGAAGCUGUUGUUACUAUGGUCAAUAAGAUGGGAUUUUUUGCUGAAGCCGGGCCUGUCCAAAUUUUUGUGUCCAAUCAUUUAAUACCAGAUGAUAUGGAGUUCCAAUCUGGAGAUAUGCCUAACUACACGACUUCAGACGGAUCAGUUAAGAUUCAAAAGGAGAGUGAAGUUCGAUUAAAGAUUAUUGGAACUCGAGUGGAUGCUACAGAAAUUUUCUGUAUUGGUACCAUAAAAGAUGAUUUCCUGGGUGUGAUCAGUGACCCUGGCGCAACUUCAUAAUGGAAUUGUUGGUGAUUAUCACAUCUAACCGCUCCAACGAAUAGCAGGCAAUGAGCAUGCCUAGCUUGCUUAAUUUUGUUUCAGAAAUUCCAAGUAGUGUUGGUGACACUACAUUCAAUAUCGUGCGACUGAUUACGUGUUGUGUAAAGAUUGCUCUGAUGUUCUUGGCUAGGAAAAAGGAAAGCUGUUGGCCGAGUCUGGUUGCAGUCCAUAUUGUAUGAAGUUGAGCCAUUCAUGCUGUGAAAUGGUCAUAAUCUGUCAGUAAUGUUUGCUGUCAAAUAUCAGGAUUGACAUAGAUUCUAAUGAAUCCUGCGCCAAUAUAUAUAUAUAUCUUUCUUGGCCCUGCAUAAGCAUAUUUGCAUUUUUUUUUUUCCUUGACAAAUUUUGUACCGCUCAGAAAUUAUGUAUCUAGUCCAUGGAUAAAAUUAUGCUAUCACCCUUGCAAUGAUUUUUCUCUAA